AUGUCCCUGACCAAGCACUGCUUAGCCGCCUCGCCCAGUGUGACAGGCACGCCCUCCAAAGGCUUUGAUGAGAAGGCGUACCUGGCGGCCAAGCAGCUGAGGGCUGGGGAGGACCCCUACCGGCAGCACGCCUUCAACCAGCUGGAGAGCGACAAGCUGAGUCCGGACAGGCCCAUCCGCGACACCCGCCAUUACAGUUGUCCAUCUGUGUCCUACUCCUUGGACCUGCCAGCCACCAGCGUCAUCAUUACCUUCCACAAUGAAGCCCGUUCCACCCUCCUGCGCACAGUGAAGAGUGUCCUGAAUCGCACUCCUGCCAACCUGAUCCAGGAGAUCAUUUUAGUGGAUGACUUCAGUUCCGACCCUGAAGACUGCCUGCUCCUGACCAGGAUUCCCAAGGUCAAGUGCCUGCGCAAUGACAGGCGGGAAGGGCUGAUCCGGUCCCGAGUGCGCGGGGCCGAUGUGGCCGCGGCUGCCGUGCUCACCUUUCUGGACAGCCACUGCGAGGUGAACACCGAGUGGCUGCAGCCCAUGCUGCAGCGGGUGAAGGAGGACCACACCCGUGUGGUGAGCCCCAUCAUCGACGUCAUCAGUCUGGAUAACUUUGCCUACCUGGCAGCAUCUGCUGACCUUCGAGGAGGAUUCGACUGGAGCCUGCACUUCAAGUGGGAGCAGAUUCCUCUUGAGCAGAAGAUGAGCCGGACAGACCCCACCCGGCCCAUCAGGACGCCAGUCAUAGCCGGAGGGAUCUUUGUAAUCGACAAGUCCUGGUUUAACCACCUGGGAAAGUAUGAUGCCCAGAUGGACAUCUGGGGAGGAGAGAAUUUUGAGCUCUCCUUCAGGGUGUGGAUGUGCGGAGGGAGCUUGGAGAUUGUCCCCUGCAGCCGGGUGGGUCACGUCUUCAGGAAGCGGCAUCCCUACAACUUCCCCGAGGGCAACGCCCUCACCUACAUCAGGAACACCAAGCGGACUGCUGAGGUGUGGAUGGAUGAGUACAAGCAGUACUACUAUGAGGCCCGGCCCUCAGCCAUUGGGAAGGCCUUUGGCAGUGUUGCUACCCGGAUUGAGCAGCGGAAGAAGAUGAACUGCAAGUCCUUCCGCUGGUACCUGGAGAAUGUGUACCCCGAGCUCACUGUCCCCGAGAAGGAAGUGCUUCCUGGCAUCAUCAAGCAGGGUGUUAAUUGCCUAGAAUCCCAGGGCCAGGACACCGCUGGUGACACCCUGCUUGGAAUGGGGAUCUGCAGAGGGUCUGCCAAGAACCCCCCUGCGGCCCAGGCGUGGCUGUUCAGUGACCAUCUCAUCCAGCAACAGGGGAAGUGCCUGGCUGCCGCCUUCCCCUCCCCCGGGGCCCUGGUCGCACUGCAGGUGUGCAACCCCAAAGAAGGCAGUCAGAAAUGGAGGAGAAAAGGCUCUCUCAUCCAACAGUCCGUCAGCGGGCUCUGCCUGGAGAUGCAGCCUGCCCAGCUGGUGACCAACAAGUGUCAGGCGGACACCCCCGCCCAGCAGUGGCAGCUGUUGCCACACUCCUGACUGUAGCCUGGGGCCUCCUCUGUCUUUUGCAUGAGACUCUGGGACUGGAAGGGGGUUAGGGUCGGGGAGCGGAAAGCGGCCUCUGUCCAUCUCGUCACAUUUCUCCCGGAAUCAUCAGCAAACACCCCUGCUGCCGCCGCCACCACCAAAGCUUGAACCAGGAGGGCGUUUGGGCCCAGGAUCAUGGCCCGAUGCCCUCUCUGCCACCCCAGCCUUGCCCUGGGAGAGGAGAUGGUCAGAAUGCUGGGCUGUGGCCAGGCAGAGCUGGACAGGCGCCCUGGCCCUUGUUCUAUCCUUCCCCACUUCUGGGAGUCCUCCCCACGGCGGAGCAAGGACAGAAGACCUCAUGGGGGUCCAACUGGCCGUGGGGCCUCCCUGCAGUGCCGGGACAGAGGGAGAAGAGAGGGGAAGCAAGGAAGAGGUGUCGUGUCCUAAGAGAUGCCAGGUCCAGCUGCGGGCUGCCCUGGUAAAGAGAGAAAUGGCGGCCUCCCAUUUGAAGGCAAAGGACAGGUAAUUCACAAACGAGCCGAUGACAGAGGAGCAGCAAAGCCCUCAAAGAGUAAGGUCUCCUGCCCAGGAGGGAGUUUCCCUGCCCCCCACCAGCCCCGCUGCUAUGGGACCCCCAAAGCUUAGCAAGAGGCUUUAGAGGGGACUUUGGGGGGCAAACAGACCCCACUUCUGCUUGCCCAUGUGUUAGGCCAAGACCUCUCCCUCAGGCCUUAAUGACCAUCUGGUGCCCUGUCCUAUGUCCCAAAGUAUGGACAGCCACCACCGCUGACCACACCCCUCGUUCUUUGUUUCCAACCCCUGCCUCCUCAGAAAUCUUCACCUCUGUAAACAGCACGCUGGCAGUGGGUGGAGCUUGGACAUCGCCUGGCCAGUCACCAGGGCAGCCUGGACUCACUCUCCCUUCCCGCUCCCGCUCCCUCAAAGGGACAGCCACGGAUUGGGGGUGUCCGUCUCCUUCUCACAGCCCUUGGGCCUCUUUUCUCCCUCCGCCUUGACCUGGUCUUGGAUCCGCCCCUGCUGCCCCAGGCCUCUCAUACCACCACCACCACUAUCUCCAGCUGCAUGAUCUUGGGCAAAAGCUCAUUGGUCAGCUUAGGACUGACCCACCUGGCACCAGGACCCUCUGCUUCAUAAAACCAGGGACCUAGGGUGUUCGUGGGUUCUUGAGGGGUUGGGAUUCUCUUGAACUUGUCCAGAAAAGAUUGCCCUGUGCUGGGGGUGGGGGAGCGGGGAUAUCCAUGGUGUCUCCCAGUUCUUCAGGAAGCGCCUGAGCCCCCAAAGGCGUCUGCUUCAGAUUGGAGCCAUCACCCACCUCCCUCCUCCCUGUGCCCAAAUGUCUAUCUCCCUGUCCCCUCCACACAGCCCUUGUCAGGAAGCCGAGUGUCCCUGGUUCAAAGCACCCACCCUGGAGGGUUCUCCACAGGUGCCCUUUCCGCCCACCCCUGGCUCUCCCUGGCGGCCCUCUGAGCCAGGCUGCUGGGCUGCAUCAUGUGCAGCCCCCAGGCCCAACUGCAGGGCAUGGGACCCUCCACCCGCACAGCCACACACCUCCAUCCUCUGCUGUGAGGUUUUUGCUAUGGGGGUCUCAUUUGGCUGGGGCACCGCCCCCUGAAGCAGCUUACAACUUGACUGGGAGGAGAUAGGAGGGGGGAUUCAGGGCCUGGGCCCCCUCCGACGUGGACCUUUGGGGGCAGGGCGGGUCACAGGCUUCUCUUGAUGACAGUAAGUGAACGGUGGCUCAGGUGGGCUCUAAGAGGGCCUCCCCCUCCCAGCCCCCUGCUUGUCUUGACCAGGCACUGAACCUGUCAGCCGCCCUUUGUGGGGACCCGGACCUAUUUUGUUCGCUUUUCCUUGUCUUGACCAAAGCAUGUGCCCUGGGUGCCCCUCGGAGACCUCAUCUCUCUGACCCGCACACCUGGAAUAAAACCACUUCUCAUACA